CUCCAAUUUCCUAAUGCAUUGAGAAGGGUGGGUUGGCUCAGAGGCUGCUCUCAAAUGGCGUAUCCUCCAAGACAAAUAACUGGCCUUAUUAGGCACUGAACAUGCCCCACCUACUGCUACUACAUAAUUUGAGAAACCAACAGAUUUCAGGACACACACCGAGAUCUGCCCUGCAAAAGAAGAGCGCCUUUGAGAAGCCCACCAAAGCGUCUACAUAAGGACUAUCCAUUAUGGGAAAGUACCUGGUGACCUGCUCGAUAGCAUUUCUGUUUAUUCUUCUUCUACAGAUUGAUGUAAUUGUCUCCGUUUCCAAAAAAGGCAGCACAUCCAGCAGUAGUGGUAGAAAGCCUAGUAGGCCUGCACAUCAUAAACCCAGUAAACCUGUACGUCCCCAGCCCAGCCACCCUGUACAUCACAAGCCUGACAGACAUCCUAUACAUCCUCAGGUUAGCAAACCUAACCAACCUGUGCAGCCUGCACAACAUCCUGCUCCGCCGCAACACAAUCCUGGUAACCCUCCUCCAUACAACCCUGCCAACCCCCGACCCAAUCCUGGUAACCCUCCUCCAUACAACCCUGUCAACCCCCGACCCAAUCCUGGUAACCCUCCUCCAUACAACCCUGCCAACCCCCAACCCAAUCCUGGUAACCCUCCUCCAUACAAUCCUGCCUACCCUCCACACAAUCCUGGUAACCCUCCUCCAUACAACCCUGCCUACCCUCCACACAAUCCUGGUAACCCUCCUCCAUACAACCCUGCCUACCCUCCGCAUAAUCCUGGUAACCCUCCUCCAUACAACCCUGCCUACCCCCCACCAAACCCUGGAUACCCUCCACACAACCCUGCUGUCCCUCCGCAACACCCUGCCUACCCACCACAAAAUCCUGCCUACCCCCCACCAAACCCAGGAUACCCACCACACAACCCUGGAUAUCCUCCACGCAAUCCAGGUAUCCCACAGAAUCCUGGAUUCCCUCACAACCCUGGCCAUCCACCACAAAACCCUGGCUUUCCACAAAACCCUGGCUACCCUAGCCAUGGAGCAGGAGGCAGCUGGGGCAAAUAUGACAGUAAGCCAUGGAAGCCUAAGCCACCCAAGACCAAGAUGAAAUACGUGGCAGGAGCUGCUGUGGCAGGUGCUGCAGUGGGAGCCGUCGGAGGUUAUCUCUUGGGCCGAGCCAUGUCUAAUACGCAUUUUCAUUUUAACAAUGACAAUGAGGAACGCUGGUGGUACGAAAACCGUGACCGUUAUUCUGACCGAGUUUACUACCCGAGGUACAUCCAGCCUGUUCCUCAGGAUAUCUUUGUGAGAGAUUGCGUGAAUGUCACUGUGAAAGAGUAUGUGGAGCCCAGCGAAAACCAAACGGCAGAUGAGAUGGAAACCAGGGUCGUGACGCAUGUGGUGCGCGAAAUGUGCAUAGAGCAGUACCGUACCUACUCUAGCCACGCAGGAGGGAGCUCCAGCUCUGGUGGCAGUAGGGCAGGGGAGCCUGUGCUGGCCAAACCUGCGAUGGAGCAUGGAGCCAAGGAAGCUAUCCGAGGCAUUGCAGUGGAAGACAGUGGUGGAUACCUCUUAGGCAGUGCCAUGUCUAGCAUGUAUUUCCAUUUUAACGACAGUGAUGAAGACCAAUGGUGGAAUGAAAACCGCCAUCGUUUUACCCAUCAAGUGUUCCGCCCAAACUACAGCCAGUCCGUUACGAAGGAUCUCUUUGUUAGCGAUUGUGAGAAUGCCACUGCGACAGCAUACAUCAAUGGCAGCGGAAACCAAACGGCAAAUGAGGUGGAAACCAGGGUGGUGACACGAGUGGUGCACGAAAUGUGCGCUGAGCUGUACCGUAGCUUCAUCAGCCACAUGGAAGGAGGCAGCUAUGGUCAGAAGCCAGAGGUGCCUAGGCCGACCAAACUCUGGUUGAAGCAUGUUCAAGAAGCGGCUGGUCCUGGCAGCGUAGCAGGAGCUGGUAGAAGCUCUCACAAUAGCGCUGGGUCUAAUAUGCACUUUCACUUUGACGAUGACAACGCUUUCCUUCUUGCCAAGUCUUCUAUGCUUCUGAUCAUCACAUUGGUCAUGCGUUUCCUGAUUGCCUGAGGUUGAAAAUCCUCCUUAAGCCUUCGCAUUGUUGUUGAUCCAGAAGGAAAGAGAUCCAUAUAAAACAAAAGUUUCGUAGAGAAAAGUUUUUUGUUUCUGGAUCUCUUUGGUGGGUGUCAGCGCUGUUACAUGUGCUAAUUCUUAAUGAAUUAGAACCACCUUUGGCACUGUCUGCUGUUUCAAAAUAGCUUUCAGGGGAAGAAGCUAAGGAGUUGCUUUGUAAUGAAGGGAACACCCCCCUCCCCUGAAUCAAACCCCAUCUUUCUUCAUAGCUAGUUGAGCAUAAUCUAGCAGAGCAUAAACAUGAAAACAUAAUGGAAGCAUGGGGAAAAUCCUUUGCCAGACUGCUCCUGUUAUGUAGUCUGUUCAGUGGAGCUUGCUUAGUUUUAACAGCAAGCUUUAUUCUGUAAUAAGCGAUUAUAUGAAAGUCUGGUUUUGAGAGAAAGGAUUUCCAGUGCUUAUCCAGCUUCACUGAGUGACUUUUGAUGUUAUGAAAUGGAGUAUGGGGGAGUACAAGUGACUUGUAAAUAGGGAUGGAUGAAUCUGUUAAUUCUGUUUUCUCUCAGUUUCUCAUUUUUCCAAUCUUAAAUUCAGAUCCUCACAUUUCCACCUGUUGCAGAUUGUGGGUUUUUUUUAAAAAAAUCCUCAUGAAAAUUCACUAGCAUUUUAGGGCAAAUUCCUCCUAACAUGAAGAUCCUCCGUGGCGCCGAGUGGUAAGCGGCGGUAACGCAGCCGAAGCUCUGCUCACGGCCAGAGUUUGAUUCCAACGGAAGGAGGAAGUCAAAUCUCCGGUAAAAGGGGUCAAGGUCCACUCAGUCUUCCAUCCAUCCGUGGUUGGUAAAAUGAGGACCCGGCAUAUGCGGGGGGGGGGGGUAAAGAAAGGCCAGGGAAAGAACUGGCAAACCCACCCGAUAUAUACAGUCUGCCUUGUAAACGUCGCAAGACGUCACCCUGAGUCGGAAACGACUCGCGCUAUAAGUGCGGGUACACCUUUACCUUUUUUCCUCCUAACAUACACAUUUUGUAGGCAAUCUUGCCUAAUAUACAUGUUUUGCAAAACAGUUUUCCUGCAUUUUUGUAUGUUACUUACAGCAACAUAUGCAUUUGUAUGCUCACUUUACCCUUGUGUAUGUACACAUUACUUGUCUCGACAACUGCACUGCAAGAUUUAGAAAAGUAUUAGUGUCAACGGAUAGCUAUUUUUCAGUUUGUGUAUUGCUUCAGAAAGUGUGAAUUUAGUCCCAGGCUAUAGUCUGAAGCAGAGCUUUGAAAAGUUACUUUUUUUGAACUACAGCUCCCAUCAGCCCAAUCCAGUGGCCAUGCUGGCUGGGGCUGAUGGGAGUUGUAGUUCAAAAAAGUAACUUUUCAAAGCUCUGGUCUGAAGGCACAUGAGGCCAGCACUCUGCUGAAUCAGGUCUGGUCAGUGCCUGGAUGGGAGACUGCCUGGGAACCAUAUGUAAGCUGCCUUGGGUUUCUGUCAUGAAAAGAAAGGUGGGGUAUAAAUGUAAUAAAUAAUAAUAAAUUUCUCCCCCGUCUCUUCAUGUGCUACACAUUGAAGUUCAGUGUGAAUUUUUCAUUCCCACCUCCAGAAACAAGAUGUGAAAUUAGCCCCGCACUGGGAAUAUAUGCAUCUCGUAUAUGAUGGAAGAAGGGAGAGGUGAAAAUUCCACUUGAGACACUACUAACUGCAGGGAACAUUCUUUAACAUUUUAAACUGCCAUGAGAAUCUGGUUUGUGCAAAAAGAGGUAGAGUAUUGAACCACUGAACAAACAAGAAGUACAAACUCCCUCUCUCAUUACACAACUUAAAGCCUCUCAGAUACUCCUUGUUUAAAAAAAAUCUAGGAGCAGGUUCAUGUUAGGAUGCUUCCAGAUGAGUAUUUAUUGUGGAACAGUCCUUCUCAUGCGUGCACUCGUGCCAACAUGUCACUGGCAUCAAAAUGCCAGCCCAUUCCAUCUGGAUUUUCCCUUUCUGUAGAAAGUGCAAUUAGAAUUUCUAAAUGCGAUUGGAAUUUCAGGAACUGGGGAGGGAGCGGAUAGACAUCCAUUAAAGAGUCUGCUACACUCCAGUUUUAGUGCCUUUGCAAAUGUGGCUGCCAAGUGGAGAGAUGGGAUAUGUUGUAGGUGCUUUGUACGUGCCCUGGGGCACCUGAUGGCGUGUGUGUGUGUGGGCAUAUCACUUCCAAGUGGCAGUUUGUUAUGUUAACCCACAAGUUUUGUACAGGACCCACACAACAUCUUUCUCAUGAAAAUGCCAACCUGUAUUUCUCCAUUAAAUUCAAAUGUACCGUUUCCAUGGAAAAUCUGAUAAGCAAAAAAACACCCCCAAAACACAGAUUAAAGUGGGGAGGGAGGAAUAUGUGAUGGCAUUUUGAUGAGAAUGUCAUGUGAAUGUUUUUGAGAUUUUUUUUUUUGUAAGUUGCUUUGAGUUUCAUUUUGGGGAAAAAGUGACUAAUAAAUAUAAAUAAAUAAAUGCUAUGAAAAACAUGCAUGCAUCAAUGAACACCUGAGGCACUGACAUUUCUGAGCGUCUAAAGACCAAAACAUGAUUGGAUCUCCCAUUUUAUUAUUUUUAAAAAGGUUAAAAUUGGCUACCAGGGGAGGUGGUCAGUAGACAGAGUCCCUAUUUUGUACUUCCAUUGCCGGCAAUUCUCUCCUCCCUCCCUUCGGGCGUCUGUGGUGCUUCCAGAAAUAGCUACUAAAAUUGGAUUUUUUUCUCUUCGAAAUUGUAACUCGUGCUGCAAUACCAGAUGAUUUAUUUUUGGGACUGGUGUGUAUGUGUGUAUAGGGGGAUUUGGGAGAUUACAAUGCUUGUGUGUUCAGGAAACGCAGAGCCCAGUAGCCUUGUUGGGUCAGCAGGGAGAAAUUUUGUAGGAGCCAACAACGAAGACUGGUUUUUUUUGAGGGGAGGAAAAUCCAAAUCCCACAUCAAUAACUUAUUGGCCAGGCAUUUAACCUGAGCAGUGGCUGUGUGUGGUAGGCAGGCUGAUGUUUGCCUUUACAACCUGUCUUCUGUUCUUCUCUUCCCUACAGCAGGUUUGGCUCCUGGUUAUAGGAAUUAAUUUUUCCUGGCUGUCAUAAUUUGGCUCACUGAUGUGGUGUGAACUCUAUUUUGCUCUCCUUCACCUCUUCAAGUUUACUGAAUGCUCUGGGUGUGUGUGUGUGUCCUCACUGUUAGUGUUUGCUCUCUGGCAUGCUGUCCUUUGUCUUGUCCCAACAUGGGUAGGACAAGGUGGGAAGGGAAAAGAAGGGAGGCUGAGUUUGAAUUUGGAUAUUGAAGCACUUGAAUCAGGAUGCUGAACCAAAAGAGGGUGGGCCAAUUCUGCAAUACUUUGAAUGUGGAGGAUGGCUCCAUUCCAUCUCUCAGGAAGCUUACAGCAAGUUUAUACUUCUCUGUGAAGUGAGGAUAGUACACUGCUCUCCUCUUACAACAGUGCACAUUCUAAAAACAUAUCCUCUGCAUACACUGUGUUGCAAGAUGCUGCUGAUGUCAUCUGGAGAACUGGGGACAGAAUUUGGUUGGAUACCUGUUACAGCUGCAUGCCUUACCUUGACCUUCUUGCAAAAGUCCCCAAAUAAAGCUUUGGCCUGUUUUAACACCCA